AAUUCGCCUUGCCUUAGUCAUAAUAUUGUAAAUAAAUUUGUUGACAAUAUUAUUUUUUAUUAUUACCAUAUUAUAUACAAAACAAAACUGCAUAUAUACAUAAAAAUACAUCAACUAAUACUAUUUCGAUUUGGUGACGUCAUAUACUCCUGCGAAAUGAAAUCAUUGAAUUCAGAUUGUUCUGGCAAUAAUAGCAACGCUGUUUCAGUGAAAGCUGAACCAUUGGCUACUGCAAAGGAAAAUGAGGAGUUACAUUUUCCACCUCCAAAUGCAUCUUUAAAUUCGAGCUGCAAUAUUAAUAAACGUCCAAUGUCUUUGGAUUUGAAAAACACAUCAAAAAAGCAACGUCUUGUAGCUCCGUCUCCACUUGUUAUUGGAUCCCCUGACACUCAAACUGUUAAACCACUUACAACUCCGGAUUUGGAAAAAAUACUUCACUUAUUACCAACGCCACAACCUGGAUUGAUAUAUCAAGCAAAAUCAGCAGCAGUUACUUCUGAGCAAGAGGCAUUUGGAAAAGGAUUUGAGGAGGCUUUGCAUAGUCUUCGUAAUAAUGGCAGUAAGCCAAACCAAACAGAUAGUAGCAAUAUUGUAGUAGGAUUGGCGAACACAAGUACAGCAAAUGUAGGAACUGGAAUGAGUGGUGGGUCGUUCACAUAUACCAACUUAGAGUCAUUCAAUACUGUUCCAAUUAAAGAUGAACCGCAAAACUCCUCAGCUUCGCCGCCAGUAAGCCCAAUUGAUAUGGAGACACAGGAAAAAAUAAAACUUGAACGCAAACGUCAAAGAAAUCGUGUAGCCGCUUCAAAAUGUCGAAAAAGAAAACUUGAACGUAUUUCAAAAUUAGAAGAAAAAGUUAAAAUAUUAAAAGGGGAAAACACAGACCUUGGUUCAAUAGUAAAAAAUCUUAAAGAACAUGUUGCUCAACUUAAACAGCAAGUAAUUGAGCACAUAGAAUCUGGUUGCAGUAUAAAUGGAACUACUCUAUUGCAUGGUAAAUAAAUUUAUAUAAAAAAUAUACGUGUAAAUGUAAUAUAAAUGUAUAUAAAUUGGAAUAAAAAUUAUUAAUUUGUGUAAUUAACCUUAA